AUGCCGCGGCCACACAUACCUCAUCACCUGUCUCUGAACCGUCUCAAGUCAUCCUCUUCCACCCAUCAACAGAGCAACUCCGGAUUGUCCACUCCCCAGCCUCAGAGCCGCAAUGAGAGUCCAGCGCGCACACCAGCGGCGGUAGAAGUUGGCAGCAUGCACUUACCGAAGAAGCACAAAGAUGCAGUCGGUACCUCAGCCACGCCGGCGGCCGACCAGAGAGGCGACCACAAAGGAAUGGGUCUGGUGAUCAGGGUACAUGUGGUCAAGGCACGAAAUCUUGCACCCAAGGAUAAGAGUGGCACGUCGGAUCCAUAUCUUGUUCUUUCCAUAGGAGACGCCAAAGAAGCAACGAGUGUGGUGAGCAAGACGUUGCAUCCAGAAUGGAAUCAGACUUUCGAGUUCCCGGUGGUGGGUGCCGAUAGUACACUACUGGAAGCAGUAUGCUGGGACAAGGACCGCUUCAAGAAGGACUACAUGGGCGAAUUUGACGUCAUGCUUGAUGAAAUGUUUGGGUCUGGGCACAACAUCACAGAGCCGAGGUGGUUCAAGCUCGAGAGCAGAAGAAGUGGUCGACGGAAGAAGAAGGAUCAGAACGUGACUGGCGAAGUCAUGCUGAAGUUCACACUGUUCGAUCCACUCAAUACUGCGGCCACCGCCCAGCAGGUUUUGCAGAAGUUCUAUGGUGUGGUGGCAGAUAUCGGAGAUGAUGAUGACGAGGAUGAGGAUGACUUACUCAGCAAGAUGAACAGCCGUGAUCUCGACGACCUGAGCGAAGAGGAAGAGGACGGCGACGAUAAGGAGCGAUCAGAUGAGACACCAGACGACGAAGGUACACGAACACCUGGUGGGACUAUGAUUCUAGACAGCAACGAGAAGCAGCAGCGCCAGCGGCGGCAGAAGAUCAAGAGGCUGAAGCGUAAGAGCAAGCUCAAGACGUACGAGUUCAGCGGUGCGUCAGAUGUGGCUGGCGUACUCUUCCUCGAAAUCAGCAGGAUUACAGAUCUACCUCCGGAGCGCAAUAUGACUCGCACGAGCUUUGAUAUGGAUCCUUUCGUUGUCACGAGUCUGGGCAAAAAGACAUACCGAACCAAAGUCGUGAACCACAACCUCAACCCUGUAUAUGACGAGAAACUUGUCUUCCAGGUGCAGAGGCACGAAUUAAACUACAGCUUGAGUUUCGCCGUCGUAGAUCGAGACAAAUUCUCGGGCAACGAUUUCGUUGGCACAGCACUCUUUCCUGUAGAGAAGGUGAGGACCCUAGCACCCGAAGCUGAUCCCAAGACUGGUCUAUACAAGCUACCUGAUCCGGACGCCAUCACAGAUGCAGACACGAGACGGCGGAAGUGGCGAGUGCCGAUGUCUAGGAGUACAUCGCAGACUGGGCUCGGCAAAAGUAGCAGGAAUAGCUCCCAAACGAACCUCUCAAGGUUGACAAAAACAACUUCUAAUUCAAGUCUGAGCAAUCUGGCAGCGGCUGGUGAUGUCGGUCCUAACAAAGCUGGUCUGAAGCGACAAGAUAGCGACUCGAGUUUGAUGGAGAUCCCGCCAGCAAGACGCCCUGCGCCUACCAGUCAUCCCGCAUCCUUCAGCUCCACGAACGGACAGUCUGGUCUUGGCUCGGCGCAUGAGCAAUCUGACACAGAUGAGACUGGCUUGCUCUAUUACGAGCUACCACUUGAGCUCAAGAACAAGUCAAGGUGGGAGACCAAGCACAGCCCUGUGCUGUACAUCAGAUGCAAGUAUCUGCCAUACGAUGCUCUUCGCCAACAAUUCUGGCGAGUCAUGCUUCGCCAGUACGACGCAGACGAGAGUGGCAAGAUCGACAAGGUUGAGCUUGUGACUAUGCUAGACACUUUGGGCAGCACACUGCACAACAGCACCAUUGACGGCUUCUUCAAGCGCUUUCAAGCUGAUAAUGGUGGCGAGGACGUGCUGACAGUGAAUCAAGCUGUCAUUUGCCUGGAACGACAGCUCAGGAUCAGUCAGGAGACUCACGAUACCAUGCACAUGCCGCACUGGCACAAGAAGAAGUCUGAUGCGUCGACCUCGACUGCUCAUCUUGGUGUGGUGAAUAAUAGCUCACCCGAGGAAAGUCCUGGCGGUGGCACACCAUACCUUGGAGGCUCCGACAAUGGUCCAAGUAACCUAAGCCAAAGCACCCACUCGAUACCGACGCUCGAAGUCUCCGAUCUUGGCGAUGCUGGCGAGCGUGGCGACAGGUUACCCGAGGACGAUCUGGCCAAUACAGCCUCACAACCUAGUGCCGCUCCAGCUACGCGGUCGCCGGAACUUAGCACUUCGUCCUUCGACGGCGAAGGAUUCGACGACGACAAUGAGAGCAAGGUAGAGCACGUCGUCGAAAUUCACGAGUGCCCGAUCUGCCACCUGCCACGUCUCUCACGCGGUAAAAGGACUACUGAUGCCGACAUCAUCACUCACAUUGCUACAUGUGCAAGCAGCGAUUGGCGAGCUGUCAACAAUCUAGUCAUGGCUGGCUUCGUCACAAGCAGUCAAGCACAGCGCAAGUGGUACAGCAAGGUGAUCACGAAGGUAUCUUACGGUGGGUACAAGCUGGGUGCGAACAGCGCAAAUAUCCUGGUGCAAGACCGACUUACGGGUAUGAUCAAUGAAGAGCGCAUGAGUGUCUAUGUCCGACUUGGAAUACGACUGCUUUACAAAGGUCUGAAGAGUAGAGACAUGGAGAAAAAGCGGAUUCGAAAACUGCUGCGGUCUUUGUCAUUCAAGCAGGGCCGCAAGUAUGACGACCCGAGCUCUGCCUCACAGAUUCCAGGCUUUAUCAACUUCCAUCAGCUUAACAUGGCCGAGGUCUUGCAGAAGGCGGAAGAGUUCAAGAACUUCAACGAGUUCUUCUACCGUAAGCUCAAGCCUACAGCACGCCCUUGCUCCGCACCAGACAACCCGCACAUUAUCGUCGCUCCUGCCGAUUGCCGCUCCGUCGUGUUCAACCGCAUGGAGGAAGCACAACGCAUCUGGGUGAAGGGGCGCGAGUUCAGUAUCGAGAACCUGCUAGGUGAUGCCUACCCACAAGACGCCAAGCGUUAUCACAGCGGUGCGCUAGGCAUCAUGCGCCUGGCGCCGCAGGACUACCAUCGCUUUCACAUCCCGGUGGAUGGCAUCAUGGGCGAGCCGAAGCUGAUUGAUGGUGAGUACUACACUGUCAAUCCGAUGGCUAUCCGCAGUACCUUGGAUGUCUACGGCGAGAACAUCCGUGUCAUUGUACCGAUUGAUUCUGAAGUGCAUGGAAGAGUGAUGGUGGUAUGCGUCGGUGCUAUGAUGGUCGGUUCCACCGUCAUCACGCGGAAGAAGGGUGACAGAGUCAGGCGAGCCGAGGAGCUGGGCUAUUUCAAGUUUGGUGGAAGUACUUUGCUACUGCUCUUUGAGCCCGGUGUUGUCAAAUUUGAUGAUGACUUAGUUGGCAACAGCAAUAGUGCUUUGGAGACCUUGGUUCGUGUUGGCAUGUCAAUUGGUCACUCGCCGAGCGUUGCGGCAUACAUGCCGGAUAUGAAGAAGGACAACCCGACUCAGGAGGAAAAGCAGGAAGCGCGACGAAGAAUCGAGGGGAGCUUAGCACCAAGUGCUGGUGCAGGCGUGGACCUGUCUAUGCAGGUGAAGUAG